CCGAGCUCUACACCACUUAGCCUGAUUGGCACGUGGAGUUCACUGGCACCCAUCCCUCUGCAACGAGCCAAUCCUCAAGCUCAGAUCGACUGCCAAGCAUUGCGUAACAAAGCUCAUGCCGUUCAUAUUUGCUGAGUGAUGGCUUAUUGGGUAACGUAUAACAACCCAGCUGUGCCAUCUAUGUCGAGGUCAUACCAGUCCGACUUUCCAAGCAAUGUCUCGCACGAUUGCAGUGAUUGGAGCAACCGGCCAACAAGGCGGUGCCGUAGCGCGAGCGUGUCUCGAGGCUGAUGGCUGGCACGUUCGUGGCUUGACACGCAACGUGAACGGCAAAAGUGCUCAGGCUCUUGCGGCUGAAGGAGCAGAGAUGGUGGAGGCAGACGUUGAUGACCAUGGCUCCUUGAUCAAAGCGUUCCAGGGUGCCUAUGCUGUGUUCUCGGUGACCAACUUCUGGGAGCAUCUAGCGUUGGGUGCGGAUGCUGCUGGCGAGAAGGAGGCCACACAAGCCUUCAACAUCGCGCUUGCGGCGUCCAAGAUUCCUACAUUGCAGCACUAUGUUUUUAGUACCUUGCCUAGCGCCACGGAACUCACCAAGGGCCAACGUCCUGUCCCGCACAUGGACCACAAGGCGAGAGUCGACGAUCGUAUCCGCAACGAGCUACCUGAGCUUGCUCGUAAGACCACGUUCGUCUGGUUGGGAUGGUAUGCUGCCAACAUGGCGUUCUUCCCGCUCAUUCGACCAUUUGUGUAAGUGCAGCGAUGUCCAGACCCCCUGGCGAACGUUGGAGACAUUUCUGACCCUUCCACCUACGACAGGCUUCCGCAGUCAGCAAAACACGUGUGGAUGCAACCGUCUAAGGCAGACGCCCUCCUGCCGAUCAAUGGUGGCGUUGUCAAUGUUGGGCUCUACGUGCGCGCUGCGCUUGAGCAUUCAGACAUCGCUCGAGGCAAGUACGUCUACGUGCGGACGGAUCGCAUGAACUUCACGGACGUUCUCAAGGUGUGGUCGGAGGUCUCCGGCAAG